AUGCAGUACUAUGAGAUCAACUAUGGUUUUCGAUCUCCAUACACCGUCAUUUUAGAAGAGUCUUUUAUUCGAUAUGGUCUUGACUUGAAUUUGCCGAAUUCGAUUGAAGAUUUGAUUCGUUCAGCUGUGCAGGACCCUGAGGCGGAGUUGGUUAUUACCGACUGUAUUCGCAAGCGAUUUUUGGAAUUUAAGGAUAAAAACCAGCGUGAUUUUGAGUAUACGAAGCGAUUACGCUGCAUAAAGUGUAAUCACAAAGAGCCCUUAUCGUCAAUCAAAUGCAUCAUGGAUUUGGCUAAAAACAUGAAAAAAUCGAAAGAGAAAUAUGUGAUUUGCACCCAGAAGGAUUUGUACAAAAUGGACUUACGCCGAAUUCCCGGAGUUCCACUAAUCUACUUCAACCGCAGCGUGCUCACGUUAGAUACGCCAUCGAAGAAUUCCCACCACGCUGUCGACAAUGCGGUGAUGAGUAAGCUUGGAAUAACGAAGGAAGAGAAGAAAGAAAUCGGAAUUCGGAAGGAGAAGCGAGAGGAGCGAAGCUAUAACCCAUUGAUUGAUAUCCACCACCACAAGAAGAACCCAAAUCCACUUUCUGUGAAAAAGAAGAAGAAUGUGCCCCCUCCACCUCGAGAGGCAGGGGAGAAAAAGAAAGUGCGUCGUAGCAAGAAAUCGAAGCAAGAAAAAAGUGCGGAAACAAAGGAGGAGUGA